UCAGAAAAUUGUCCAACUUGAAAAGCUCCCCUGACGCCAAACCGUUUUGGGCUUUGGUGGGUCUCUCUCCCUCUAACCCUUGGCUUCUGCUUGGCUGUCUCAGAUUAGCUCCAUGUUGGUUUUUAUGGAUUUUGUCUGCAGAGAGGAGAAGCGGAAGAGCGAGAGAUGCGAAAAAAAAGAGCACCCAACAAGAAAAUAGUAUUAAUAAUCACUUCCCUUCAGCUCCCAUCCUCAUCCUCUUUCUCUUCCUACUCUUUGGUUAUUUCUCUCCCUAGAUCUGCGAACAGUACCGCCUUCGUGGCUACCUCCAUGAUCUCUGGAUGAAGAAAGGAGGGAAGAGGGGUAGAUUUGGCGCCUCCCCAUCUGGCCAUUUUAGGGUUUGCUGCUCAGGGUCUGCCGUCAUCUGUGCCGCCAGUUCGUUUUUGAUGUGGAGGGAAAAUUGGUGUCCCGUCUGGAUGAGAUGAGGGAUGUUGGCGGACUUAAUGAAGCUCGUAGCCGCCUGCUGGCGGCCGUCUGCCAAGGACGGGUACGGCAACGGUAGUCGCGGAGGAGGAGAUGCCGCUAUCGUUGGACGGCAGGACGGCCUUCUCUGGUAUAAGGACUCUGGCCAGCAUCUGAAUGGCGAAUUUUCGAUGGCUGUCGUCCAGGCUAACAACCUCCUCGAGGAUCAGAGCCAGAUCGAGUCCGGUUCGUUGAGCUUGCUCGAGUCCGGACCUUGCGGCACCUUCGUCGGCGUCUACGACGGUCACGGCGGCCCCGAGACUUCGCGGUAUAUCAACGAUCACCUCUUCUACCACCUGAAGAGAUUCGCAUCGGAGCAGCAGUCUAUGUCAGCAGACGUCAUAAGGAAGGCAUUCUUGGCAACGGAGGAAGGUUUUUCCAGUGUCGUUUCCAGGCAAUGGCCUAACAAGCCGCAGAUUGCUGCAGUUGGUUCAUGUUGUCUGGCUGGAAUUAUAUGCAACGGAACACUAUAUGUAGCAAAUGUGGGCGACUCUCGGGCCGUCUUGGGUAGGCUAGUCAAGGCAACUGGAGAAGUAUUGCCCAUUCAAUUGUCCACUGAGCAUAAUGCGAGUAAUGAAGCUAUAAGGCAGGAGUUGCGAUCGAUGCAUCCUGAUGACUCGAAUAUAGUAUUUUUGAAGCAUAAUGUCUGGCGAGUGAAGGGCCUUAUACAGAUUUCUAGAUCAAUUGGUGAUAUAUAUUUAAAGAAGUCUGAGUACAACAGGGAGCCGUUAUUUGCUAAAUUCCGUCUGCCGGAACCCUUUAAAAGGCCAAUACUUAGUGCUGAACCAUCCAUUGCAGUGCACACAUUGCAACCUCAGGAUCAGUUUGUCAUAUUUGCCUCCGAUGGGCUCUGGGAGCAUCUCAGUAAUCAGGAAGCAGUUGACCUUGUUCAUAAUAAUCCACACAAUGGAAUUGCAAGGAGGCUGGUCAAAGCUGCACUUCAAGAAGCAGCAAAGAAGCGUGAAAUGCGGUACUCUGAUUUGAAAAAGAUCGAGCGGGGAGUGAGGCGGCAUUUUCAUGAUGACAUCACAGUUGUUGUUGUAUUCCUUGACCCCACCAAAGCAGUGUCAAGUUAUAGUGGCUCCCUCGUUUCUUUAAGAGCUGGUGGGAUAACUGUACCGUCAAAUUCUUUGGCUCCUUAUGGUACACCUAUGGAAAAUAGUAAUUCCCUCUGAAUUUUGCUCAAGUUCUGAACUCUCCUAAUACGUCAUCCAAUUUGAGGGAUGGUUAUUAUGAAAAUAGAAGGUGUUAUAUAUGCAAAAAGUUUAAUGUUAUCAAAUAAGAUUUUCACAACAGAA